GUCUCGACACAGACGCAGUGUCACAUUAGACCGCCAGCCUCCAAACUGGGCAGAGGGACCAAAACAACAACAACAACAAUUUGGACAAAAGACAACUCACUCAUGGACCGAAACGCGACUCUCCUCGUUUCCUACGACAACCGCAGCAUUAUCAAUGUCACUUGCUCCCGUGACAAUGUUGUGAAGACGGUGAUUUUCCCCCUCCUCUACACCACCUUAUUCCUGGUUGGGCUGUCGCUCAACGGCCUGGCGGUGUGGGUGUUCUUGCGCAUUCCCUCACGCUCUCACUUUGUCAUAUACCUGAAGAAUGUGGUGGUCGCUGAUGUCAUCAUGACCCUCACGUUCCCUUUCAAGGUUUUAUCCGACUCCAACAUGGCCUCCACCGACCUACGAAUCUUCGUGUGCCGGGUCUCCUCUGUGCUGUUCUACCUCACCAUGUACAUCAGCAUCCUCUUCUUUGGCCUCAUCAGCAUCGACCGCUGCAGGAAGACACUCAACCCAUUCAGGGGCACCAACGCGGCCCGCCUGGCCCGCCGGAAGCUCCUCUCUGGCGUGGUCUGGAUCUUCCUGCUGGUUCUCUGCCUUCCCAACGUGGUUCUAACCAGUAAAAAGCCACAUUCGCCUUACUUCAAGUGUAGCGACCUGAAGGACCGGGCUGGGCUGUACUGGCAUGAGGUGGUCAAUCACGUGUGUCAGGUCAUCUUUUGGGCCAACCUCGUGAUAGUGAUCCUGUGUUACACCCUCAUCACCAAAGAACUGUACAAGUCGUACUCCCGCACCAAGUCUCGCGGCUCCGAAAGCCGUCAAAAGCAACAAAGUAAGAGAAAAAUGAACACUAACGUCUUCCUGGUCUUGGCCGUGUUUUUUGUGUGUUUUGUGCCGUUCCAUUUUGCACGCGUUCCGUACACCAUGAGCCAAACCCGAGGCCUUCUCUUCGACUGCCGCCUCAAGCUCUUCUUUUUCCAUCUGAAAGAGAGCACGCUCUUCCUGUCGUCGCUCAACUCCCUCCUGGACCCGCUCAUCUACUUCUUCCUCUGCAAGUCCUUCCGGACCACCUUGUUCAAGACCCUGCGGCUGCACCCGGGGACUUGCGGCUGGCUGCUGGGGAGGAGCUCAGACAGCGAUUCGUGCAACACCCCUCUGAGAGAAUCCUCCGUGUGCGCAUAAAGACGAUGUUGUAAUGCAGUGGUUAUCGAACCUUUAACGCCAAGUGACGCCUAAAACAUUUUGCUUUUGCAAGGAGGGGACUACCGUUUUUUUUUUUUUUUGCUGCCUCUGCUUCUCAAAUAUGUGGCUUGUACUCACAUGUACAGUUGCAAUCAAAAGUUGACAUACACUUGUAAAGAACAUAAUGUCAUGGCUGUCUUAAAGGCCUACUGAAAUGAUUUGUUUUUAUUUAAACAGGGAUAGCAGAUCCAUUCUAUGUGUCAUACUUGAUCAUUUCGCGAUAUUGCCAUAUUUUUGCUGAAAGGAUUUAGUAGAGAACAUCGACGAUAAAGUUCGCAACUUUUGGUCGCUGAUAAAAAAAGCCUUGCCUGUACCGGAAGUAGCGUGACGUCGCAAGUUGAAAGGCUCCUCACAUUUCCCCAUUGUUUACACCAGCAGCCAGAGCGAUUCGGACCGAGAAAGCGACGAUUACCCCAUUAAUUUGAGCCAGGAUGAACGAUGCGUGGAUGAGGAACGUGAGAGUGAAGGACUAGAGUGCAGUGCAGGACGUAUCUUGUUUCGCUCUGACCGUAACUUAGGUACAAGGGCUCAUUGGAUUCCACACUCUCUCCUUUUUCUAUUGUGGAUCACGGAUUUGUAUUUUAAACCACCUCGGAUACUAUAUCCUCUUGAAAAUGAGAGUCGAGAACGCGAAAUGGACAUUCACAGUGACUUUUAUCUCCACGACAAUACAUCGGUGAAGCACUUUAGCUACAGAGCUAAUGUGAAAGCAUCGUGCUUAAAUGCAGAUAGAAACAAAAUAAAUAAGCCCCUGACUGGAAGGAUAGACAGCAGAACAACAAUACUACUAUCAGGAGACACCGAACCAAACACUGGACUUGUAACUACACGGUUAAUGCUGUGCCGCCUGUCGAAGCCUAGCAAUGCUGUUGCUAACGACGCCAUUGAAGCUAACUUAGCUACGGGACCUCGUCAGAGCUAUGAUAAAAACAUUAUUUCUCCAACCUCCGGGCUGAUGAUGAAAAAGGAGGAUUACCUCCAAAUUCUUCAGGACAACCUAAAAUCAUCAGCCCGGACGUUGGGUCUUGGGCGCAGUUGGGUGUUCCAACAGGACAAUGACCCCAAACACACGUCAAAAGUGGAAAAGGAAUGGCUUAAUCAGGCUAGAAUGAAGGUUUUAGAAUGGCCUUCCCAAAGUCCUGACUUAAACAUGUGGACAAUGCUGAAGAAACAAGUCCAUGUCAGAAAACCAACACAUUUAGCUGAACUGCACCAAUUUUGUCAAGAGGAGUGGUCAAAAAUUCAAGCAGAAGCUUGUGAAUGGCUACCAAAAGCACCUUAUUGCAGUGAAACUUGCCAAGGGACAUGUAACCAAAUACUAACAUUGCUGUAUGUAUACUUUUGACCCAGCAGAUUUGCUCACAUUUUCAGUAGACCCAUAAUAAAUUCAUAAAAGAACCAAACUUCAUGAAUGUUUUUGGUGACCAACAAGUAUGUGUUCCAAUCACUCUAUCACAAAAAAAUAAGAGUUGUAGAAAUGAUUGGAAACUCAAGACAGCCAUGACAUUAUGUUCUUUACAAGUGUAUGUAAACUUUUGAUCGCGACUGCAACUACCUUGCUUGUGGUGUAUUAUUUUUUCAGCAAAAGGAAACGUCAUUUUAACUAGAUGAGGCAAUUCCUGAAGGAAUUGCGUGUGAAUCCUCCAAUGCUGAAGUUGAACUGAAAUCCUGUUUUUUUUAUUUUUUUAGAAUUGUUGAAGUAGAGCACACAAUUCCCAAACAGGCUGAAUAUUUUGAAGUUGGAAAGGUUUGAAUCAGAUGAAAAAUGUGGGAAUUGUUGAACUUUGAAGAAUGUUCCAUUGAUUUCAAUGGGAAUUUCAGAAAAAUUGGGAAUUUCGGGAACAGCAUGAAAUUAUUUGAAAAUUUGAAUGGUUUGAAUGAGUUGAAAUGGUUGAUGUUGAAAAUUUUCAAAUUGUUUGAAGUAGUUACAUGUUGAAUUGAGAAAUGGUAUUUCAGAAUUCCUGGAAUUUCGGGAAAACAUGGAAUUUUUCCAGUUCGUGUUCCAGUUGUUUUUUGUCCUAGUUAAGAGGAAUGUUUUGAUGGUAGAACGGUUGAAAUGCGUAGAAAAAUGUGGAAGGAGUAGUCGCCAGAAAAAUGGGUGGACAUAGGGCUUUGGGAAUUCAGGAAUUCUGGAAAAUCCUGGAAUUAUUUUUAACUUGAAAGAAAAAGAGUAGUUUAAAUUUGCAGGAUGGUGGAAUGUGUUGAAGGUAGAAUGGUUUAAAUAGGUUGAAAAAUGUGGAAAUGGUGAAAGUUUGAAAAAUGUCCAAUUCAUUUUGAAAGGUCAAAAUGUCCUGGAAAACCUGGAAUUCUGAGAAAUCUGGGAAUUUUUGGAAUUUGUCAAGGGAAAUCCCGCGAUUCCCGAAUAGGUUGAACAGUUUGAAGUUGGAAUGGUUUGAAUGAGUUGAAAUGGUUGAUGUUGGAAUUUUUGAAAUUGGUUGAGAAAUGUUGAAGUAGUUGCAUGUUGAAUAGAAAAAUGGUAUUUCAGAAUUCCUGGAAUUUCGGGAAAACAUGGAAUUUUUCCAGUUCAAGUUCCAGUUGUUUUUUGUCCUAGUUAAGAGGAAUGUUUUGAUGGUAGAACGGUUAAAAUGCGUAGAAAAAUGUGGAAGGAGUAGUCGCCAGAAAAAUGGGUGGACAUAGGGCUUUGGGAAUUUAGGAAUUCUGGAAAAUCCUGGAAUUAUUUUUAACUUGAAAGAAAAAGAGUAGUUUAAAUUUGCAGGAUGGUGGAAUGUGUUGAAGGUAGAAUGGUUUAAAUAGGUUGAAAAAUGUGGAAAUGGUGAAAGUUAGAAAAAUGUCCAAUUCAUUUUGAAAGGUCAAAAUGUCCUGGAAAACCUGGAAUUCUGGGAAAUCUGGGAAUUUUUGGAAUUUGUCAAGGGAAAUCCCGCGAUUCCCGAAUAGGUUGAACAGUUUGAAGUUGGAAUGGUUUGAAUGAGUUGAAAUGGUUGAUGUUGGAAUUUUUGAAAUUGGUUGAGAAAUGUUGAAGUAGUUGCAUGUUGAAUAGAAAAAUGGUAUUUCAGAAUUCCUGGAAUUUCGGGAAAACAUGGAAUUUUUCCAGUUCAAGUUCCAGUUGUUUUUUGUCCUAGUUAAGAGGAAUGUUUUGAUGGUAGAACGGUUAAAAUGCGUAGAAAAAUGUGGAAGGAGUAGUCGCCAGAAAAAUGGGUGGACAUAGGGCUUUGGGAAUUUAGGAAUUCUGGAAAAUCCUGGAAUUAUUUUUAACUUGAAAAAAAGAGUAGUUUAAAUUUGCAGGAUGGUGGAAUGUGUUGAAGGUAGAAUGGUUUAAAUAGGUUGAAAAAUGUGGAAAUGGUGAAAGUUAGAAAAAUGUCCAAUUCAUUUUGAAAGGUCAAAAUGUCCUGGAAAACCUGGAAUUCUGGGAAAUCUGGGAAUUUUUGGAAUUUGUCAAGGGAAAUCCCGCGAUUCCCGAAUAGGUUGAACAGUUUGAAGUUGGAACGGUUUGAAUGGGGUGAAAAAUGUGGGAAUUGUAGAACUUUGAAGAAUGUCCCAUUCAUUUCAAUGGGAAUUUCCCCAAAAAUUGGGAAUUUCGGGAAAAUCGGGAAUUUUUGGGAAAAUUUAAAAAAAAAACUUAAAUGGUCUGAAUGAGUUGAAAUGGUUGGUGUUGAAAUUUUUCAAAUCGGUCGAGAAAUGUUGAAGUAGUUACAUGUUGAAUUGAGAAAUUGUAUUACGGAAUUCCUGGAAUUUCGGAAAAAACGGGAAUUUUUCCAGUUAAAAAAAAAAAUGUUUUUGGUCCUGAGUAAGAGGAAUGUUUUGACAGUGAAACGGUUGAAAUGCAUUAAAAAUGUGGAAGGAGUAGUCGCCAGAAAAAAGGGUGGACAUAGGGCUUUGGGAAACUAGGAAUUCUGGAAAAUCCUGGAGUUAUUUUUAACUUGAAAAAAAGAGUAGUUUACAUUUGCAGGAUGGUGGAAUGUGUUGAAGGUGGAAUGGUUUGAAUAGGUUGAAAAAUGUGGAAAUGGCGAAAGUUAGAAAAAUGGCCAAUUCAUUUUGAUUGGGAAAAAUGUCCCGAAAAACCUGGAAUUCUGGGAAAUCUGGGAAUUUUGGGAAUUUGUCUAGGGAAAGCCUAUUCCCGAAUAGGCUGAACAGUUUGAAGUUGGAACGGUUUGAAUCGGGUGAAAAAUGUGGAAGGUAGAGCACGCAAAAAUCUGGAGAAGAAGAAGAAGAAGAAGUUUAAAAAGCAUGUUAUAAUAAUUAUAAUUACAGUUCAGCAAAUCUUUGGUUAAUAUACUUCUGUGAAUAUGUUUCUGUUUCAUAUACAAUAUAAUUGUUAUAUUAAAAACACACCAUUAGUGUUCCUGCAUAGUAGUUGUAGCCUGCAUAUGAUACUCGUACCACCGUUUGAGAAUCUAUGUAACUUACACUGUUCCUUUAUCGAUUAUAUUUCAGACACUUGGCUUUAACGCAAACGCAGGACCGCCACGUUCAAGCACACUAUUUGUAUUGUUCUGAACUCCCCUUUCCAUCUGGGUGAUCCCAUCGCUAACAUCAUGAUUUGAUCUGCUUUUGGGAGCGUGCUGGCUGUGACUGAAUCAGCAGCACUCCCGCUGGUUACAGACAAGUUGUGCACGCUAUUUUGACAUCAUUUCUUAUUACAUUUAAAGUAUGCAAGCGAGAAAUAACCUGAGGUUAAUCGUGAUUCAUCCAAAUUCAAAAAAUGUGAUUGAUGUGAUUUACAAAAUCAUUUGACAGCAGUAGUUCUAGUGGAGGGGUGUCAAACUCAUUUUAGAUCGGGGGAAGGGACUGGUAGAAUCACAGCAAGAUAACUUAAAAAUAAAGACAACUUCAGGUUGUUUUCUUUGUUUAAAAAUAGAACAAGCACAUUCUGAAAAUGUACAAAUCACAAUGUUGUUUUUUAUUUUUUUUUACACUUACAUGUUGUGGUUGAUAGUAUUCUAUCGUUAUAUGUCAUUAUUUAUACUUUCUGAAUAAAUGAUGUGAUAAUGUUCAUCAGUCAACUCAUUGGUGUUCAUUUUCAAUCUAUCAAGAUAAAUAAAAUAAUAUCAAAACAAAAUUACAGGAUGUUAUGUAUGUAGUUUGAUAAUUUUCCUCGACUGGUGCAGUAACAUCAUGUGUUUUUUUUAAUUUUUUAACAUACACUAUAUUGCCAAAAGUAUUUGGCCACCUGCCUUUACUCACAUAUGAAGUUGAAGUGCCAUCCCAUGGAAUUGUCCACAAUGUUUUGGUAUCCUGGAGCAUUCAAAGUUCCUUUCACUGGAACUAAGGGGCCAAGCCCAACUCCUGAAAAACAACCCCACACCACAAUUCCACCCUCCACCAAAUUUCACACUCGGCACAAUGCAGUCCGAAAUGUAGCGUUCUCCUGGCAA